AGUCUGCCCAGGAAUAGACGCCAAGGACAGAGACACCGACUAGUGUUGUUCCAGGCCACUCUUCCGCUGUCACCACCAUGAAGCUGCUUGCAGUGACAGUGCUGCUGCUCACCAUCUGCAGCCUUGAAGGGGCUUUGGUUCGGAGACAGGCAGAGGAGCAGAGCCUGCAGGGCCUGGUCACCCAGUACUUACAGACCGUGACUGACUACGGCAAGGACUUGAUGGAGAAGGCCAAGGGCUCGGAGCUUCAGGCCCAGGCUAAGGCUUACCUUGAAAAGACACAGGAGCAGCUGACGCCCCUGGUCAAGAAGGCUGGAACGGACCUGUUUAACUUCUUCAGCAAUUUCAUAGAGCUCAAAAAACCAGCAGCAGAGCCCGCUGCUAAGUGAGGUGUCUAGACUGCCACCCCUCAACCCCAGCUGGACCCUGGAACACCCACCGGCCAGCCCUAAUGCCCCUCCCCCCACCUACUGCCCAUUUUCUACAAUAAAUGCGGAAGGAGUCCAA